GAGAGGUUCACCCAAACGUAAAAGAGACCACAAGAACAUCGAAGAAGGUUGGAGGUGGAGACCAAAAAACACAGGAUCAGGAGCAAAAUGGCGGAACAGCUCCUGCGUGUCCCACAGAAGAGCGACUGGAUGAGAGCUGGUUUGCAGAGCAGAUGGAGCAUAACGAAGGUCUGAAGACAGAGGAUAAAUCCAAAAAAUCCCGGAAAGUACCAGACCAUGUAAUCCUUUGUGGAGGACCGAAAAACCGUUACUGGGUCAUCAACGUUGAAGAGAGACCUGGCCUCAAAACGCUGACCAUCUCGUGCUCCAAGCUUCUACAUCCAGCUGAGACGUGUCUGCUCAGAGAUGGAUGGGAGAUGACACCUGUUCGUCCUGGUGAUGUGGUGCAUCUGGAGGGCCGCUCUGAUGGUGGAUCCUGGUUAGUGGACAGGGAGCAAGGCUUUCUGGUUUUACUACCUGAUAGCCUCAUCUCAGGUACCAGCAUCUCCAGCUCCAUCCGCUGCAUGAGGCGUGCGGUGCUGGGAGAUAUGUUCAAGAGUUUUGAUGGUGGCAGCAAGCAAAUGCUUAACGGCACCAUGGUCCAUGAAGUCUUCCAGAGAGCAGCUACAGCUAAAGAUUUUUCUUUGGAGACGCUGUCUAAGCUCGCUGAUGAGGCUUUGCACAGUCCUCGAUAUCUGGGAGAUAUGUACAGUUUGGGUGUAACUCAGGAAGAGAUGAAGCAGGAGCUCCAUGAUUAUCUCCCCUCACUGGAACACUGGGCAAAGGAAUACCUCAACUCUCAAACACCUAAAGCCAUAAGCCUCAAAAACAGUGGUGGAGCUCCAAGUAGGUGUCAGGACUCGGGAGCUGUCGCUACCGUUACAGAGCUGGCAGACAUAGAGGAGAACGUUUGGUCUCCGAGGUUUGGGCUGAAAGGAAAAAUCGAUGUGACGGCCCGGGUUCGAAUCCAAAGACCGCGAAAUGGCUUUCACAGAAUUCCAGAAGAAAAGACCAUCCCUCUGGAGCUGAAAACUGGCAGGGAGUCAAACUCGAUAGAGCAUCGCAGUCAGGUGAUUCUCUACACUCUGAUGACCUCGGAGAGAUACAAUCCUGAGGCCGGCUUUCUACUUUACCUCAAGACUGGUAACAUGCACCCUGUCGCACCCAGCCACAUGGACCGCAGAGAGCUGCUGAAGCUAAGGAAUACUUUGGUGCAUCACAUUCACAACUGUGUGGAGAAAGAGGCUGAGCGAAGCUUCCUCUCCAGGCUGCCGGACAUACUGACCAACAGACAAACCUGCCAGUACUGUCCUCAAAAGAGAAACUGUGCCUUAUAUGAGAGGGCUGUGGAUCGCAGCUCUGCAGUCACUGAGGAUGUUAUACAUGAAUUUAUACAGCAAGAGACUGGCCACCUGACAUUGCCUCAUCUUAACUAUUUUUCCCACUGGCUGCUUCUCUGCUGCUUGGAGUCUGUCACCAUGGAGACUAGAAACAGCCGAAAGCGUGUGUGGCUUCAGACGGUUGAGGAAAGUGAGAAGAGCGGGAGCUGCGCAGGGAACCUGCAGCUCAGCGGACCAGUGGUAGCUCAGUCUGAAGGCGUUUUCCUUCAUCGUUUCCACCGCAGUAAUGUUGCUUCACAGCAAGGUUUGACCAACAGCAGUCUCUCCAGCAGGGAUCGCAUUGUCGUUAGCGACCUGGAGGGUCGCCUUGUUGGCUUGGCAACAGGUUACCUGUGUGAGGUCAGCCAGACUGCAAUCAGCUGCACACUGGACAGGGACCUGUCGAAGUUCAGGGAUGUGACAUUUCGACUGGAUGGGGAUGAAGGUGUGGUGGGCUUCAGCACCCACCUCACCAAUCUCUCCAAACUGAUGGAAAACUCUCAGGACAGUGAUCGUCUGAGGCAGUUGGUCAUCGACCUUCAAGCUCCAGAGUUCAUCUCCAACCUCAGCUCUGUUUUGCCCAGGGAGGCUAAGGACACCGUGGCUGACAUCCUCAAAGGUCUCAACAAACCCCAGAAACAGGCCAUGAAGAAGGUGUUGUUAUCUAAAGACUACACACUGGUAGUCGGCAUGCCUGGCACAGGCAAAACCACAACCAUCUGCACCCUGGUUCGUAUCCUGCAUGCGUGUGGUUUUAGUGUGUUGCUGACCAGCUACACCCACUCUGCUGUUGAUAACAUCCUUCUGAAGCUUAAACGUUUCAGAGUUGGUUUUCUGCGUCUGGGUCAGGGACAGAAGGUUCAUCCAGACAUCCUGCCAUACACAGAAGAAAGUGUGAGGAAGAAGGGGGUUCACACUCUAUCAGACCUGGAGCAGCUUUAUAACAAAGAACUGAUAGUGGCCACUACUUGUAUGGGCAUCAAGCAUCCUAUUUUUACUCGACGCCGCUUUGAUUUCUGCAUUGUGGAUGAGGCGUCACAGAUCAGCCAGCCUAUCUGCCUGGGACCUUUGUUCUACGCCAAGAGAUUUGUCCUUGUUGGAGACCAUCAACAGCUCCCACCAAUAGUGCAAAACCAUGAAGCCAGGUCGCUUGGGAUGGAUGAAAGUUUAUUUAAGCGACUAGAGCUGCAUAGUGAAGCAGUGGUACAACUCAACGUACAGUAUCGAAUGAACAGGCAGAUCAUGUCUCUCAGUAACUCUCUGAUGUAUGAAGGCCGGCUGGAGUGUGGCUCAGAGAGGACAGCCGCAGCGCUGCUCACCCUGCCCUUCCUGCUGUCUGUCCAGUCUGAGCUGAGUUCGUACUCUGAGGCUCAUCCCCAGCAUGACCUGUCGUGGAUACAGUCUACACUGUUGCCGAGCAAUCCUGUUUGCUUCCUGGACUGCUCGAUGGUGCCUGCACUAGAAUCAGUGGAACAAGGAGGAAUAAGCAAUCACACCGAAGCGGCCCUCAUACACACUCUGCUUUCACUUCUCAUAAAAGCAGGGUGUAAGCCCAGCGAUAUUGGUGUUAUCGCCCCCUACAGGCAGCAGUUAAAGACAAUUCUGGCUCUGCUGCAGUCGCCUGCAUUCACUGGUGUGGAGGUGAACACAGUGGAUAGAUAUCAAGGACGGGACAAAAGUCUGAUCAUUCUUUCUUUUGUCAGAAGCACGGCAGAGGAAGGAAACUUAGGAGAGUUGUUAAAGGACUGGCGUCGCCUGAAUGUAGCCAUUACCCGCGCCAAACACAAGCUGCUGAUGGUGGGCUCAGGCACAACGCUAAGACGCUACACACCAGUGGAGAAACUUCUCAACCAUCUUCAACAAGAGAACAUGAUUAUCCAGCUCCAAUCAGCUGCCCACAAGGCCUUACCCAGCAUGGACCUGUGA